GCUGAACAAAGGGUGCAAUGUAUCGCCCUGCUGCGCACUCCUCAGCCAGCGAAGGUUGCUUAAAAGGUGCUAUCACACGGGCAACUUUACUGGCAUCUUACUACCAAUACAGGCAUCUUGGCGCCAGUACUGGUGGCUAGACGCCAUCAAUCACGAGACGCCAGUGAUUGUCAUCUUGAAGCAAGUGGCGUCUUUGUUUACAUUCUCUCAGCUAUUGUGUGGGCAUUGUCCAUGGAACAAAUUAUUUGGUCCAAGGAUGCUCUUGCCACCCUCUGUGAGCUCUAUAGAGAAAAACAAGUGUGUAUGGGACACCAGAGAGGAAAACUAUUCAAAGAGCAAUAUGAAAAGAGAAGUUUUCAAGAAAUUAACAGAAGCUCUGAAGCAGUAUCUUAACAUGGGACCUGUAACGCCUGAUAUUGUAAGGCCUAAGCUGAAGUCACUUCGGCAGUAUUUCUUCCGGGAAAUGUUGAAAACACGCAAUACUCCAAGUGGUUCAUCAGGAAAAACCUCUGGCAAAUGGGAACUCUUUGACUCCCUGAACUUCUUGGCUGUCAUAGUAGUAAACGUCCACAAUCCCAGCUAAUCAAUGGCUGAUUCUAAGAGUCUCAUCACAAGAGCUUCAAAGCAAGCCACCACCAUUUGCCCACACACCAGAGCACUCAUGUGAAGAGCAUGUUGAAGUGACCCUGUCAGCUGAUGAGGAAGUGUCAUCCAGUUCCAGUUGUAGGAAGGUUUACUACAAAACUAAGCUCUGACUCAGAAUCAUGUGAUGUGUUGAUGCCUCAAAAUGCAACACCUGGGUGCAAUGAUAAGCCUCGUGACACAUCCAUAGAUAACAGGCCUAGGAAAAAGACUAAAAGAAACUU